AUGGCCAGCUCGUCGCACGCCGCCGCCUGGGACGAGACGGCGUAUCCAGUACAAGAUGGCGCACAGUAUCAGGCAUAUGAAGGAUGGCCCGCCUCGUAUGACACUAAUGGUGUGUACGAUCCGGCGUAUGGUCAUGACUAUGCUGCACAGCCCAUGGUAGCGCACGAUACAUACCCACCGUACUAUGACUCUUCAGCCUGGGAGGCAGCACAGUACGAGGGGUACGCCAAAGAAACAGUAGCAUCAAAUGAGAUGGCACCGACUUACACCAGGGCGCUCCAGCCGCAAGGCUUGCCAGACGCUAUGCCAUCGAAUUCCGAACAAGAUCGGCCCGAGGCAUGGGCUAUUGACAGUGACGCAGAUACGGAUGACGACUCACUGGGCGAGGACUUUGAUGCGUACAAGGACUUUAAUAAUGUGGAACAAGGGCCCCAACAUCAUCUUGAUUCACACCCAGAAUCCCACGACAAGAGGCAUCCCUAUGGAGCAGCGCCUCCCAUGUCGUCACGACCUGCAGCGCACCCACUUGUUCAGCUGCCACCGAAUGGUGCUGACCUAUACCCUACCAUCGUUGAUGUGCGACAUGCACAUGGUUUCUUGCCAGACAAACGCGGCACAAAAUCAUAUAACAAAUUGUUGGGCGCCAGCGAUUCCCAAUUGGAUUUGGCGGAUAUUGCGCCUCUGGGUGACGAGUUUACCUCCGAAGAGCGGCAUCGUAUGACGCGGGCCUUUCGUCGGUGGCACCGCCGUAAUCAGCAUCUCGGCAAAAUUGACUCAUGGCUGCGCGGUUAUAAUCCGGUUUGUGGUUGGCUAGGACCUCAAGCCGCACUGAUCAUUGGCUUUGUUUUGGUGGUCAUCAUUGCGGUUAUGCUGUACUUUGUUAUUCCUCGCGUGCCUGAACUUGCGCCUGUGACCAAGGAUCCGUUGACACCUGCCAAUGGCCGUUCGGACAUGGAAUUGGUCGGUUUCCCCACAGGCUUUAGUAUGAACGGCACAUUGCACCUCCGUGUUGAUAACACCGCUGGCUGGGUGCCAUCUCACCUACUUUCACUGCAAACGACGGUCACUUAUAUACCCACCAAGAUGGUGGUAGGCAAAGGCAAUGCCAAGAGCCAAUGGAUCCCUGGGCAUACCAAAUCAGCUCUCAAUAUUCCUAUUAUGUUCUCGCACACGAGCCUAAAUGCUACUGGUGACGAUACUCAACUGGCUUUCCAGGACGCCUGUGCCCAUUUCUCACUAAGUUUGCACGUGGACAUGCAAAUGGACAUUGGUGGCAUUCUUGGCACGCACCAAUCAACGUUUGAUUUAAACGAUAUCGAGUGUCCAUGGGAGUUGCCCAAGUAA